AAACAUACGUAGAUUUCUUUAAUACUGAGUCAAAUUUUUGAUUCUGGGCAAGAAAUUAAAAGAGAAAUUCUGCACAGAAGCGAGGACAACAGUAGUUGUUUACAUGUCGACUAUAAACCCAAUUCGGAUAAUCAAGGAGAACCAGAAAUUUGUUUUAAUUUUACAUUUGAUAAUCUGAAUAAUGAAAUAGUCGAUGCCAACAGUACAUAACAAUAUUAAUGGCAUUGUGAAUAUAAAUGAUGUGAAUGUUUCCAUAAAUAUUGAUUUUUCGAAUCUUGUACUGAAUACGCAAACAAAUGAUGAAGUGGUGAAAGGUAAAAAAUUUGAUAUACCAUCCGAUCUUGAUUUAGAUGCUCGUCUACAAGCUGAAUUGGACUCAUUGCUACCGUCGAUGACAUCUGAGGAAUCCGAAAUAGAUGCUCGCCUACAGGCCGAACUUGACUCUUUGCCCUUCAUCGAGGUGGAUAAUACAGAUCCACCUCCCCUUGGUUCAGAUCCACAAAAUUGUGCACAAAUCUCAUAUGCGGCAGUGGAAAAUGAAGUGCCAGUGGAUGAAAUUGGGUGCUCCGAACACAGAUUUUCUACAACCGAUGCGAACUUUCGGGUAUUUCCGAAACGGUCACGGUGAAGAUAUUCCCGUGUCUUUUGUUCUUGGACCAGAUGGUUUGGUGACCAA